AGUUAAUUAAAUCGUUAAAAUGCAAGCAUUUUGUGAUUGUAUGCAAAAGCGCACUCAAUUCGCGCAUCUAAUUUCUUCUUGUAUGCCAUUCGUAAAAUUGUCAGCAGUCAUUGGUAACACGCAUCGCGAUAAGCAUCGCGUUUAGAUGGUAUUGCAGAAUUGCUCGUGUUAAUAAAUAAAUAAAUAAAAAAAAAAUGCUGCACUUGUAUAACGAGCUGGAAACGCAAUCGUGCUUCUGUUUUUCAACUCCGCGGAAGGACAUCUGUUCAAUAUUUUUUAUUCAAUAUUUAUGCAUAUCUAUUCGAAUGGAAUCUUCUCGCGAGUUCUCACGUGCCCGCAAUGUUACACUCCACUGGACGGAUUAAUUGAAAUAAUCUCGACUAUGGUCCGGAAAAAAAAACGCAAAGUACAUCGUAUAAAUAUAGAAUACACGCGCUUUGACCGCAUAGUCGCGUGCUAACGUUGGGUUAUCGAUAAAAGUCUCGUUUCUACGUUCGAUCGUUGUAUUCUUACACAGUACGAAGCUUAGUUCUUUCGACCCUUUAUAGUAAUGGAUUUUUUUUUUUGUUUAAUUUUACGAUGGAUGUUAUGAUAAAAUUCAAGGGUUUGCGUCGGUGUCUGAAAAUUGAACAAUAUGUGCAUCGAAAACUGAUUGCCACGAAACUAUGUAUAUAAUUAUUGCCAUCUUGUACUAAUAUUGUGCGAUAUUGCAAUGAGACAUUCUUUCGAAGAAUUUGCUUACGAAAGAAUCAAGAGAAAGUGCGACUUGCAUGGCUGAUUACGUACUCAAGUUUCAAAUACGAUUUCUGCGUAUGGCAUAUUUCGGCUGGAGCUGAUCGAAUCAAUUGUCGAUUGAUUAAGCAUCAAGUGCAAUUAUCUUAAAUAAAACAAUGAAAUGUUGGAAAAGAAAGAUCUGAGCAACGUGAUUUUUAUGCAAUUUCUGUAUCUUCCAAUCUUCGUGCGUCCAAUGCCAACAUUCUAUUCAAGAUGACGAGCGCGGUAACAAGCCUGGUGCAUAGUUAUAGGGACCUUAUGGACAAUCAGUCCGAUGCCAGGGUGAACGAUUGGGCGAUGAUGAGCAGCCCCUUUCCGACCCUGGCGAUAUGUCUAUCGUACGCUUACUUUAGCAAAGUUCUGGGACCGAAACUGAUGGAAAACAGAAAGCCUUUCGAUCUUCGGGGAGUUCUCAUAACGUAUAACUUCCUACAGACUCUCUUCUCCACGUGGAUAUUCUACGAGUAUCUUAUGAGCGGUUGGUUAAAAGGUUACAGCUUGCGAUGUCAACCGGUGGAUUAUUCGUCCAGCUCGAUGGGCCUCAGAAUGGCAAGAACUUGCUGGUGGUACUAUUUUAGCAAAUUUACCGAGUUCUUCGAUACGCUGUUCUUUAUCCUGAGGAAAAAGAACCAACACGUUUCAACGCUUCACGUAAUUCAUCACGGGGUAAUGCCUUUCUCUGUGUGGAUGGGGGUGAAAUUUGCACCGGGCGGCCACAGCACGUUUUUCGCUCUCCUCAACACCUUUGUACACAUCGUGAUGUAUUUCUAUUACAUGGUAGCCGCGAUGGGGCCGCAAUUCCAGAAGUACAUCUGGUGGAAGAAGUACCUCACUGCCAUGCAAAUGGUACAAUUCGUGUUGAUCAUGGGCCAUCAAUUCCAAUUGCUCUUCACUGAGUGCAACUAUCCGCGAGGUUUCAUGAUCUGGAUCGGCUUGCACGGUGUCCUAUUCCUCGGGCUGUUCUCAGACUUCUACAAGACGAAGUACAACGGCGGCAUGAGGAAAAACUCCGCGAAGAAGAUGCAAAACGGUUCAUCCGGCGGCGCUUGCAUGCCAGUUUUGGACGAUAACGACAGCGCGAUGCACAACGGCGUGUCCUCGUAUGCCACAAUCUAUAACAAGGAGUACAACAGCUGUUACAGCAACGGCACGAACAACGGUUACGUCGCCAAUAAUAAUAUCGCGGAGAAAAAACUCGCUUAGGACACGUGGGAAGUUCAAAUAUUUUUUUCGGCGUACCGGUCAGCCGUUUACGUUGAUCUUAUCGUACCUACAAUUACCAUUUGUCUAUUGUGAAAAAUCAUUUCUCGCAACAUGUUCACAAACAUAGGAGAAUACAAAGUCAAAUUACACAUAUGUUGUGUAAGGAGGAUACAAGAGACUAGGUUCUUAAACGAAAGAACUGGCAUGUAUAAAACGAGCCGUCUCGUUAAAUAUUCUGCAUUAGCAGAAUAUUUAACGAGACGGCUCGUUUUAUACAUGCCAGUUCUUUCGUCUAAGAAUCUAGUCUCUUGUAUCCUCCUUACACAACAUUUGUGUAAUGUGUUCACUAACAUAGUUGUGUUCACUAACAUAGUAUCACAUCGACGACAAGGGCUGUUGCAAUGUCCGUGUUAAAAAUAAUAGGAAGAGAGUGAAGGAAAAAAAAAACAAAUGCGAUACAACUAGAAGAAAAAUAUUAAAUCAUUUUUGAGUCUUCGUGAGACUUUUAAAUUAGUGAGUCGUGACAUCUGCCAUACGAAAAUAGAACAUCGAUAAUAUUAUCGGAGAAAUCGUUAAUAGUUCAGAUAAGAGCAUUAGCGGAAAAAACCGGGAAGACUACUUUUAUGUGGUUUUCAUAUUUUGAUUAAACUAUAGCAAUUUAUAAAAUCUCAAAAUUGCGAUUAGUUUGGCUAAUUAGCAGAAAAAUCGCAUUUGACGAGACGUGUGAAUGUGAGAACAAACUGAGUAUCGUUAAAGCGCACACAUAUAUGACGAAGAAUAUGGAUUUCAUCGUCGAUAGCUAUACUGGCAAGGGUGGCGUGUUCGCUGUGCGUGCUACUUUUUGUUUUUGUACUAAUUGUGAAUACGUAUUGAAUACGAGUGUGGAUGUUUCUUAGUCGUACGUAAUUUUUCAAAGCAUCUCCCAGAUUGAAGCACAUUACCGGAACUAAACCCUUUCCCUCUUGCCAUCAUUAUCGACCUAUCUCUUUCUAGCCUCGACUGUGUUCAAAACUCUGGUGUUCUUAAAAAUUAGCGUAUAAAUCAAUUUGCCCGAAAUAUUGUACGACCAAGUUACAGCUACAGAAUUUUAUUAGUAAUUAUAAGCUGAUUCGAGUAAAAAUUAUCACCAAUGAGUAAAUGGAAAAUACCUCGUAUACCUUUCUUUUUAAUAACUGUUGAAUUUUCCUUAAUAUAAUUACAGUAUCUUGCCAUUAUUUAAUCAGACCUACGAACAUGAUUUAUGAUUUUAAAUUUGCCCUAUAUUUGUCCUAAAUUAUAGAUCCCUAAAUUUAUAUAUUCUCUUUGAAAAUAUAUUUUAUUUAUAUUACGCUAUAUUGUCCAAAACAUAAUGAUAAUUUAUUCAACAUAAUUUAUUAACAACAAUAAUUUAUUAACAAUUUUACCUCUUAUUGACAAUUUUUACUUCUUAUUCUGUAGCUUUACGGAAAACUUACGAAUUAUUAGCAGUACGUGCCAACCUCAUCUGCUAGAUCUACAUAAUUACACGUUUAAUUCACUCUGCGUGGUUUGAUUCUACUACCAAUGAUAUGGCGAUGUUUACAGUAAGCUGUCGAAAAGAAAUUGGUCAUCGCUUUAAUCGCUUCGUCUUCGAAUAUGAACGGCUAUGUAAACCGCAGUGCGGAUUAUUAUCAUGCAGCACUAGCGCUUUAAUCGAUCGAAAGAAGUACACGGCAUUCAUGUCGCGAGAAUCACGAAAGUCUAGUGUCGUAGAAUCAAGCUUCAAGAAAGUGAGCGCGCACAUACUGUGAGUAACAAGCCUCUCUUACACGCAAUCUGUGAGUUUAAUCACGCGGUCGCGGAGGAGUCGAACGAGUGCGAAUGUGUUAAGAUUUGUAUACACAAACGCGAAUAACAUUAUAUUUGAGGGGAAGGGCAAAUGUUUAGAGAUCGUAAUAGUCGCGCACUAUAAGAUUAAUAUAUUUGUACACACUUCCUAUUUUUAUGAAUAUAUUAUUUAUGAUGAUUCAAAACAUAAUAAAAUUUCUGAUGAUAAAACGUUUCUCUCGACUGUAAUAAAUUCAACCUCGGCUAUUUUUACAGGCGAACAAGCUAGCUCUAACGAACAAGAGUGAGAAAAUGAAACGUAUUACAUCGUGUUCGUCAUAAUGAGCUUCCUCAUGAAAGUAUACAUAAAUUUGGUGACGAGUAGUUAGCGAAAGAAUCUUCGAAAACGAAAAUCAUCAUCGAAAAGCGUUCGCACUUUUUUUUUAUUUAUACAUACAACGAGUUUGUAAAACGUUCCAAUCCUGCUUUAUGCAAACGCACAAUGACUUUUGAUUAAACUCAGAAGCGCAUAUAGUACGUAAUUUUAUAUAAACCUGGAUAUGAAUUAUAGAAAUGUUAGAGGACUAUGUAUAUUUCUAUAGAUUAUUAUACGCAUAGGGUUAAUUUAUCUACGUAAGCGCGUUUUUCUUUUUUUUUCAAUUUAUCGUAAUAAAUUUCGAAAUUGCAGUACAACGACUUUGUAUCAAUUUGAUCAUUCGCUAUUCGUUUAUCGAAGCUUAGCUUUGUCGCUCUGAUUCAGCAUAAGCGUAAUAGAGAACAUUGUCAUCUCCAUUAUAAUAAAUACGAAUGUCAACGCACAUACGCAUAAUCUGAAGAACUGCCGUAAUUGAAUAAGAGAGCGUGCGCGAAAUUUCAUAAGAGGCAUGAAUUAAAAGCGGAAAUCUAAGCUAAGAGAAGUAUUUAGCGAGUUGUCUCUCAAGCGUUUGAAGAUAGAGCUUCAUGCGAUUUUUUUAUCCUACGCACAAUAAAAUACGAUAAAAAGUAAAGUUACUUCCUAACUAGUUAGACGUCUAGAUGGUAAUUACAUAAACGUACUGUGUUACAUUAUCUUAGUCUUGUUUAAGUUGUGAUAUUGCGGUAUUGCGGUGUAAGAAUAUUAAUUAGCAUGUUUAAGAAGAAAGAAAAUUUGGCGAAAUAGACAACGCGGCGCAAAUUACAACUUUUUUAUGAGCAUCUUCAUAGACAACCAUUUCUGGCGAGAGUGAUAAAUCACGCUAGGAGUCUAGAGUCUGUGUCAAUGAAGGAUCCUACUAUUUAUUAAAAUACACAGAGCUAAAUGAUGAAUGACGUUGCGCAAGACGUUUGCAUUUCCUCAUGGGAUUGUAAAACUUAAUAGCAGGAAAAUUUCCUGAUUCUUUUCCUAUUAACGCGCGGACGCAAUACUUUUUCUGGAAUAUAUUAUCGCUACUUUUUGCACUUUGAUUGUACUAUUAACUUAAGUGAACGAGCGAGGACUUCUUUUUUACGUGUUAAUCACACAAUAUUUUUCUAAUGAGAAACCAGAUUGUCUGCACAACAGCUAUUUGCGGUUUAUUCACAGUAUAGCUUUAAUUUUUUCAUAAAUAUACUUAUGAAAUGAGAAAAUCAUUAUUUACUUGGUUAAUAUCUUAUUUUUUCCAGCAACAUUUGUAUGGAAGUUUUAUAUGAAGUAAGACAGCCGUGUAUACGCCGUAUUUUAUUUCUUUUUAAAUUUAGGCUAUUUUAUUUUUAAAAUUCAAACUCAUAUAUUUGAAUCUGCAUUUUUCUGAAGUAAUCUUUAUAUUAUAUUUGUCUAACAAUAAGUUUAUGCAAAAAACGCAAGAAUACGCAUAGAAAUUUAGUGCAUAAUGUUGAAUAACAAAGCGAUACGUAAUGUUGAAUAACAAAGUUUUCACUUGUACAGAAACAAGCGAUCUGCGCGUAUGGUGUGCUAUCACAUUUCACGAUUUCAUAUUUUUAGGCGCACUUAAAAGAUCUACUAAAAAGUGCGAAAAACUGUGACAAUGAGAGCGUAUCGUGUCAUGUACCUAAACGUUACGAACUCUGUAAUGAUUCUCAUUAUAUUUUUGUACAUAAUUGGGGAGAAUUACGAGAGAAUAAUAAAACGAUUGAAGUGAAAGAAUUUGGUAUGCUCGAAUAUUGCCAGGGAGUUACACAAACAAUACGAAAUUUGUUAUACUUAAAAGUAAAUUUGCUGUAUGAUUUUUUAAUGAUAUACAUAUAUAAUUUAUACAAUUAAUUAAUGUUUACGUAAACAAAAAUCUACAUGUUAAAUUACUUUGACAAAAUAUAAACACAAAUAUUUAUU